GGAGCUGGUGGGGUGCUCGGUGACGGCCAGGCAAGGCGAGUCACCACCAGUAGGAAGGAGAGUGUUGUUGGCGGUGGUGGUGGCCAGUCGCGAGUGAGUGAUUCCACCUUGACUCACGACUCUGCGUCACGUCACAGCGAGUCACGAGCUGGAGACACUACGGGCAAGGCGACGAGGAGGCUGCCCUGACGAGGUGCUGGGGAAGGAAGGCGUCACGUGGCGAGAAGGAGGAGGCGGAGAGGAAUGCAGGAAGGAAGGCAGGCGCUUGUAGCCUUCAGGAGGUUAACGAACUGGCUCACCUAAUCAUCUCCCUCACCGUUACUAAGAACUAUUUGGAAACCUGUAGUGUAACAAAUAUACCCUAGAAAAACUACAAAUUAAGAGAAAAAAAGAAAAAAGGGAUUCAUUUUGUCUUUUCUACAUAUAAGAGACUCGCACGAGAUAAUAAAAACACAUCUUUCAACAUUACAAGUGGCUAUGGAGGAAACAAACUAAUCCAGCAGUGACCAGAUUUAAACACACGAACUCAGAGAACGAACAGUAAACUCAUGUAGUGUGAUGCGCAAACACCCAAGGCACUCGAUCUCCACCUAGCGGCACUCAACCAAUAAAACAGGAGUGACGGUGCGUUGUACGGUGACCUGUGACCUGGUGAGGCUGCGGGGCGUCCUUCACCAGUACUAUGACGCGGGGAGACACUGGGGAGGAUGAGUCGCCCGGGGAGUGAGGUGCAGGGGAGGUGUGUAAAUGCAACAACGCUUCCCUGGAUCCUCUUGCUUCCCCUGGUCUUCAGUUCUGUCUCCGCUACCCUCGCUGCCAUCAAUCAUCAUGCCUUCUGUGGAGAGUCGUCCCACACGCACCGCUACUACAUGCGCAUCAUCGGGGGGCGCAGCGUACUGGCGGGGGAGUGGCCGUGGCAGGUGGCGCUCCAGCAGAAGAACCCCUACAGCGGGAAGCGUCUUGGCCAGCACUGCGGCGGCACCCUCAUCCACCCCUCCUGGGUCCUCACUGCCGCACACUGCAUCGUGGACCCUGUCUUCAAGUUCGCCCUGCCUCCUCCCUUCUGGACGGUGCGGGUCGGGGAAGUGAGCCUCUCUUCAGACACACGCCGCCUCUACCCUGUCUCCAAAAUCAUCACGCAUAAGUACUUCGAUCCUAAGACCUGGGACAACGACAUAGCUCUGGUGAGACUCAGGAGACCGCUGGACCUAGAAGAACACGCCGGCCUCGUCAACACAAUCUGCCUCCCAUCCAGAAACAUGUCAUUCCUUGGCCUUCAGUGCUCCGUCACGGGGUGGGGCAGGACAAAAGAGCACGGAAGCAACUCAGACCUGCUGCAGAUGAUUCGCGUGCCAGUGGUGAGCAACAAGAAGUGCCAGGGCGCGUACAAGAAGGUCAGCCCCGUGAACAGCAGGAUGAUCUGUGCAGGAUGGGAGCACGGAGGCGUAGGACCGUGCGUGGGUGACAGCGGUGGUCCUCUGCAGUGCCGUGCCAAGGGCGGGCCGUGGACACAGGCGGGCAUCACCUCCUGGGGAGUGGGGUGCGCCAAGCCUUCCUUCCCGGGAGUCUACAUAAGGGUCACUGACUACCUCGAUUGGAUCUACAAACACAUGGAGAUGACCUACUGACGCUGGUCCUCUGUAGGGAAGUAAUGGUUCUUCUUACCGUGUACCUGCCGCGGCCCGGGCCCUCUCCUGGUGCUCUGAGAGCUGUGUUGUGCGUCUGUACCUGUUAUAAUGUUGCACGUGACCUCUGUGCAGCUGCGUGGCGUUAGUUAGUGGCUCUAUGCAGUUUGACGUUUCUUGUGCGUAGUUGUAUUUCGUAGUGAUGGACGCUGAUUGAUUACUGAUUGAUUUGUAUUAUGAAUGUGUGACUUGGUGUCGGUGAGGAGUUGACCACGCUAGUUACUAAAGAGAACAGCAAACUACUCAUUCGAUUACACUUGUUUAUAGCGUCAAUAUAAACUUUUCAACACUGACACAAAACUCGUACAUAUCAUAUAGUAUAUUAUUAAGUGUGAUGAUAGAAAUAAUGAUAAUCAGUGAUAUCAGUCAUUGCGUUCAGCCUUUGAUAUUGUAAUCUAAUAAACAUAUUUCCUUA